AUGGCUUCAGCUACUGGAAUUCCCGAAGCGCGGCCGGCCUCUAUUCAUGAGAACGGAGAGGAAGAACCGCUGCUUGGACGUCCGGGCGACGUGACCCAGAAGGAGAAUCAGAGCAUUUUAAUAAACCUGGUUACAGUGCUCCUUACCACGCAAGCAAUCCUUCUCCUCCAGCCGACACACACUCCUUCGCAGAAAAGGCAGGGAACAUUGACUCACUUUGGCGUAAUCGUUGCCUCCAAUCUCACCUUUGUCGCUGCCUUCACUAUCAUCGAGAUCAAUAAAGCCUCUCACCCGGAAACCCGCUUCACCUCCGUCCAUGCGAUCAUGGGAUUGAUCACGUACAUCCUUAUCGUAUUGCAAGCAGCUGUCGGAGCAGCUCAGUAUUUCUUCCCCGCACAGGUCUUCGGAAGCAUCGACAACGGGAAGCGGGUGUACAAGUGGCACCGGCUCUUCGGCUAUGCUCUCCUCGUCAUGGAGCUCGCCACGAUUGCGGCAGCGACACAGACGGACUAUAACAAGACCGUGUUGCACAUCCGCCUUUGGGCCGUGUUGCUCGCAUCAGUCCUGGUGAUUGCGGGAAUCUACGCUCGAAUCAAAAAGCAAAAGAUGCCUCUUUUCAAGCGCCAGAGACCAAGAGAACGGUCAGAUUAG